AUGUCUGAAGUAUCUUUUUACGAAGGACCAUCAGGCUAUCAUGCUGAUAGUAUUUUUGAUCAUAAAAUAGAACAUGCAGAUUUAUCUUUAACUGCAGAAGAAAAUUUUAAACGAAAGUUUAGUAAAAUAAAAGAGUUUUUCUCAAGAGAAAAUAUCUUAAAAUUUGGAAUAAUGACAGGAGAAGUACCUAUUCCAAUAGAUUCCACACAUGGAAAUAUAGCUGUAUCUACUAUAGAUAAAGAGCAAAUUUCCAAAAGAAUGGAAAAACUUUCUCAGAAAGAAAGAGAUAGAAUUGGUUAUAUUCACAUAUCAACCAUUCAAAUCUUAAUCAAAAGUACCUUCAUGAAAGGUAUUGAUGCACCCUUAGAAAUCUCUCUAAGAGAUUCUAGGAUCUUAGAUAAAAACCAAGCUAUAAUUGCACAAGGAAUGUGUAAUUUAAAGUACGGCAAGAUCAAGUUUGACGUACACUUACAACUAGGACUAUCCCUACAGGAUAUAGAUCUUAGUAAAUCUAUAAUUUUCCAAUAUGGUUUGGAAAACCCAAAACUCAUGAAAGAAGGUAACCAUCCCUUUACUAUUUACUAUAGAAUCAAUUAUGCCUUGAGUAAUUCACAUCAUAGCAUAGAUUUCAUAGGAAAAGAUAGAAUUCAUAUAGAUGAAUUAUUCAAACCUAUGGUGACUUUAGAAUCACCCAUAUUCAACAACCUAGCCAGGAAAAGAUGUUCCCUGAUAAAAGUUGACAAAGAUCAGUUUGAAGAAACUGAGACAAAACCGCUAUUCAAAAGCCAAAGCUUUAGACUAGCACCACCAAAAAGAGAUUUUGAAAUCUCAAAACUACAAAGAUCUGUAGAAGAUCUAUCUUUACGCCUCCAAAUCAUAGAUAAGAAAAUCUAAGAUAUGCCUGGAGUAACCUGGAUAUAUCUCUUGGAACAAGAGGUAGAAGAAUAUAGGAAAACCAAAAGGUUAGCCUUAGAAAAGGAUCCCGAAAACUUCUUUGGAUUCCAUACUGUUAUACAGUAUAACAUAGAAUGCAUAGAAGGAACUAUAAACUGGGCGAAACAGAUCCAAGAAGAAAACCAAAAAUAUGACAAGGAAGACAUUGAAAGUUUUCAAAAAUGUCUCCGAAGAGAUUUAAAUCUCACAGCAAUUCAAAAGAUUUGCAAUAAAGGACGAGCCUUUGGAUUUAAUAUU